GUAAAGAUAAUGUUUUGGUGAAGCUCUGUGACCACUGGUGUCCUCUACGCUUAACUGCAUUAACCCAGUUUAUACAUUCCCAUAGUUAUAAUUUCCUCUGCGAACCACCACAAUCCGAAGUCAUGGCAGGUACUUUGGCACGUAAAGCUGUUGACCACCUUAAAAGCAAGGAGUUCAGAGACUAUUUGAUGAGCACACACUUCUGGGGACCUGUGGCCAACUGGGGUCUGCCCAUUGCUGCCAUCAGUGACAUGAAGAAAAGCCCUGAGAUUAUCAGUGGCAGAAUGACCUUUGCUUUGACCUGCUAUUCCCUCCUGUUUAUGAGGUUUGCAUACAAAGUUCAGCCAAGGAAUUGGCUCCUCUUUGGUUGCCAUCUAACCAAUGAGACCGCCCAGCUCAUUCAAGGAUCACGACUUAUCAAAUACAACAUGGAGAAGAAGUCUUCUUAGUGAUGGACAAAUGCAAAAUAUAUAGUUUCAUUAGGAAAUCGGCAUGGUUUGACCCUAUGGUUUUUGUGUGUAUGACCAUGUUUAUCUCAUUGCAUACCUAUGUAAAACUCUUAACUUCAAAAAAUGUUAAUUUAGAUUAAACUGCUGUUGACGAUCACCAUGCCUGUUUCUUCCGGUAUAUAAGGUCAAUGAAUAGAUUUGUUUUGCAUAAUGUUUUUUAUGCACAAAUUAAUGAAAUGGAAUGGAAUCUAGUGAGGCCCUGUUACUGAUGGGAUUCUUUUAAAGAGAGGGUCUAUUACACAAAUAUUUACUGUUUAUGUCCUCAUUUUAAUAAAUGUGUUAGCAAUACCAAUAACACAAUCUUUAUCAGAAUGUACAGGCAAUAAAAGUUGUACUCUGGUGUGUUGCCAUGGAAACAUUAUUCCUGAAUAUAAUGAAUAAACCCUUAUCUAUGUACCAUGAAUUAAACUUCCUCUUACACUGACCAUAAUUUAUAAUAAACUGUCUGAUAUCCAUGAA